CUUAGGUCUUGAGCUGGAAAUGGAAUUAACGAGUUAAACUUAUGACCCAAAACCGUCACGUAAUUUCAGACAAAGAAAAAACCAUCUUCUGUUUUACUGUAAGGUUUGGUUCUUCUAACAAUCAUCGUCUUCUGUCUCUCCAAAUUUUCUUAUAUCGCGGUUUGAGCUUCGAAAAUCUCUCUCUGGGCUAACCUUCGCUGUUCUCAAAUUGCACGCACUCGAUUCGAAUUCACAUUUUGUGUUCUUCAUCCUCGCCUUGUAAUGGCGGAUUAUUUUGCUCAAUAAUUCGGUCGUACUCUAAAGGGUGCUGCUCUGUUACUAGUUUGGUGUUGGUGAUCAAGAUGGGAGCUUGCGUGAGCAAGAGUAAAACUAAAGAACAGGAUUCUGAACAAAGUGGUGCUGAGUUUACUGGUGCGAAUGUGCACCUCAUCACCACCACAGAAAGUUGGGAUCAAAAGAUGGAAGAAGCAAAAAGGGAUGGCAAAACUGUGAUUGCAAACUUCAGUGCAACAUGGUGUGGUCCUUGCAAAAUGAUUGCACCACUAUAUCGCGAGUUAUCGGAGCAAUACACUUCUCUAAUGUUCCUUGUGAUCGAUGUUGAUGAACUGACUGAUUUCAGUACUUCAUGGGAUAUCAAAGCCACUCCCACUUUCUUCUUCCUUCGGGAUGGCCAGCAAAUCGACAAGCUAGUGGGAGCCAACAAGCCAGAGUUGCAGAAGAAGAUAAUUUCCAUAGUAGAUUCUGCCCCGUGUCAGAAAUGACUAGGGGUUUCUAUGUCAUUUUGAGGUCAUUGAAUGUCUCCUUUUACAUUUGUUGCGAGUUGAUGGAUAUAUUUGGCGUGGAAUUGUUUUUUGUAUGUUGGUCUUGGAUUGUAAAUACGACCAAUCGUAUGAACAUCUUUCCAGAUUGAAAAUCCAAAGAUCCUUUUGCAUCA